UCGAGUCACCUGACGCGACACCGGUUCCACUUGUUCAACCAGUCCACGUGUCAACCGGAAGUGAUGUCAUCGCUUCUACCCAACACACAACAGCGGGGAGACGUGCCGUCCGUCCACCGGAGCUGUGCAGGUUGUUUUCCCCACGUUUCUUCUCAACGUUAGCGAUUCCACGGCAAUAAGCUGGAUGUUGCAAUAGCUGGGUGUGUAUAAGUCAAACAGUUCAGCAUGGGUUGAAGCAGCAACAAGGACACUUCCAACAGGAUAGCAAAAUCAUGGGGAAGACCAAACAGUGGAACGUGCCACAGAGCCUGGCCAUAGCCAAGGCUUUCUACUUCCUGAACCAUGCUGGCAAGGCCUGCCUCCUGCCCUUCCUCCCACUCUACUUCCGACUCCUGGGACUGUCCGCCACACAAGUCGGCAUCAUAUGUGGCACUCGCGCCUUCAUCGGCCUGUGGGCUGCACCUGUUUGGGCGAAGAUGGCCAAAAAAUACAACAUCCGUCGGCUUGUAAUCCUGUUUGCACUGUUCAUGACUAUAGCAUGCACCUUGUCCCUGACAGUGAUACCACCAAUAGAUGAAGACUACACGUCUAAGUUCUGCCCUGGAAACAGCACUGAUGGUGCCGAGGAAAAAGGGACAGUCACUGGUUUGAUCCAUGAGGGUUUGCAGGGAAGUAUGGGAGGAAAUACAUCAACUGACAUGUCCAACACAGAAGAAGACUUUCAACAACCAGCAAAUGGUGAGAAGAUCCACAGUGACGAUGAGUUGGCAACUGAAGAAACUUUUGUAAAUUCCACUGAAGUAGCUCAGCAAUCAGCAAGUCAAGAGGCAAUUUCUAGUGGGCCAUUCCUUCAAGACAACCGUCCAGAUAACUUGCCUGAGGUACAGGAUACUUCUGAUGGAAAAGUUUCAGUGACAGACAGGUUGUUUAAUGACAACAUGCCUCGGGUUGGAACAGAGCACCACCCUGAAGAAUUGGGUCCCCCUGAAGACAACCAGGAACUUCUGCCAUCGGAUUCAUUUCUGAUACCUAAAGAUGAUAGUGUUAUGGACAGUGAGAAGAAUGCAGCUAACAUCUUUGACCCUCGGUCAUCAUUAGAAGGAAACAUCCAGAACACAGGACUGUCCCAAAGCACAUUGUCUGAGACAAUGCUGCCAACAGAAAAACGUUCAAGGUAUGACAAAUUACAUCAACUUAAUGAAAAUCUAGACACAAGGCAAGACAAGGAAAAGCCCAAGGAGAAAAGUUAUUACAGAGACUAUUCAGAAAACAAUGACUAUCCGCAGUAUGUGGAUAACAAUAGUCCUGUUGACAAAGAAACCACACAAGAAGGUAAAGAAGAUGUUUCAGGCCUACUCAACUAUUUACUUAACAAGUAUCAAGGUACCCAGCCUGAAGUAUUAGAACGUCUGUUAAAGCUGAGGGAUAAAUUUGGUGCACAGAAAGAUGCUGAAAAUAGUGACAAAUACAAUGAAGGGUAUGAGGACUUUGAGAAUUCUCCAUACUACAGUGAACAGUAUGGAGAUGGUUAUCAAGAUUCAGCAGACAGUGGCAUGGUGCACAAGAAGAGUACUUACCACAAAUCUGUCUCCAACAGAGAGAAGAGAGCAACAUCUCUAAUAGAGGGUUUCAAAAGUAUUGUGCAUGAGCUGAAAGUUGAGAUCCUGCCCCUGCAGUAUAGAACUUUCCUCAUUGUCCUGAUUGUGAUCAUCAUUGGGGAACUUCUCACGUCUCAAGUGGAGAAAAUCUGUGAUGACUCCUUGUAUGAGUUCCUGGAUAAUCUGGACGACAUUGAGAAGUACGGCCAGCAGAAGUACUGGAGCUCGCUGGGCAUAGCCAUCUGUGCAACUGGGGUUACUGCUUUGGUGGACAACACAGACUGUUUCUUAAAUCAAGGCAUUAACCACUUCAUGAUCCACUUCUACACUUUCUCAGGGGUGGUGGGACUUGCCUUUCUCUUGGCCCUCUUCUACCCCAUCCAUCCAGUCUGCAAGGAGCACAACCAGAGGAAAAUCUCCAAGAGCUUCCGGCUUCUCCUUACAGACUGUCGAAACAUCUGCUACUUGCUGACGGUGUUUGUGGCAGGUGGACUGGCAUCAACCAUCCACAACUAUCUCUUCUGGCUAGUGCAGGACAAGGGAGGGUCAGAGAUCAUCAUGGGUCUAUCUGUCACAGUGUCCACAUGUGCAGAGAUUCCUAUGAUGUUCUUGGGGAACUGGCUCAUCAAGCGAGUGACUCAUGCUGGGCUUGUGUCUAUUGCCUUCUUGGGGCUUUCUGUCCGUUUUCUCUACUACUCUCUUCUGUGGACACCCUGGGCAGUAGUUCCUAUUGAACUUCUUCACUCAUUUAGCUAUGGAGCUUUCUGGGGUGCAAUAAUGGGGUAUGCAGAGCACAUCUCUCCCCCAGGGAUUGAGAGAACUGUGCAGGCAAUCAUAGCUGCAAUAUAUUGGGGUCUGGGUUUUGGUACAGGUAGUAUGGUCAGUGGAGUUAUCUAUGACAAGUAUGGUGUGGCCAUUCUGUAUAGGGCAGCUUGUAUUGUCUCUGUAGUCUGGUGUCUCGGGUUCGUCUUGUUCCAAAGGUUUGCACCAAGAAAGGCAAAGAUGAACUACUCCAGACUAUUGAGGCAAACAAAGUCCAACAUUCGUGUUGAUAACACAGUGUCAUCAGAUGAUGAAGACAAAGAGGAAGAUGAUUGGUUAGAAAGGGCUCUGAGGGAGAAUGAAAAGGAGGUGUAAAGUGCCAUUGGAGAGACAGUGGUACCUAUGACCAGUCAGUUAGCCACUAUAUUUAUAUAGUUAAGUAGAUAAUGGCCACUGGAAAGGUGCAACUACUAGAACUUUUUUUGUUAACUUGACUACUAUCAAAACUGAUGAGCACAUUAUAUUUCUUAUUGCAUUAUGUAAUGAUAUUGUCAACAGUUGAAGUAGAAAAUAGCUUAUUUCUAAUAUUGUAAUAUGUCAAUAACAUGGUAGCAGCAAUGAUAGAAGCGGCAAGAAAUUUAUACUCAAAUAAUGGUUUGUACAUAUAAAAAGACAUUGUUUUGUGUGUUUUCACCUGUCCAAAAUGCCAAAGUUAUGUAACUUUUCCAGUCAAAAUUCAAUUCUUCGUCAUCAUCUCAUAAAAUUGUUCUGAUUCUUGCCUUCAGUGAAACUUGUUGCUCCCAUGUAAAAAACAAUGUGGGGAGAGGAAAAGUAAACCAGAUAGAUGAUUUAUGCAUGACAUUGCCAAACAGUGCAAAGAUGUGAACAAUUUUCUUCAGUGAAACCUUUCCCAAGUCCAAGUGUAAGUCAUGUGGGAAAAACAACUGAAUGUGUAAAUUCUCUAGUUAUGGCUGCUGAGUUAAGAGUGAAUAUUAAUAUGCUUAUAUAAGAUAUGCUUAGUAUCUAAAAAUUAAUAUGCUCAUGCAUAUAAGAUAGUAUAUCUAAAUUCAAUGAGGCUCAAAAAGUUGGAAUAAGGAUAUUGUUACAUUUCAGUCUUUUUCAUGUAAGUUGUCUGCAUCAUGUAUUGUUACUUACAUCACAUGAUAACUUAGUGCACUUCUUUAUAGUGUGAUCCAUUUUGCAAUGUUCAUUCGAGUGUUGUUUGAAGAGUUCAUUUUGGUGUAUGCUACAUACAAGUUUGGUGACAUUAAGUGCAAAGUUUAAAUAAACCAUUGGAUAUGAUUUUGA